AUGUCAGUUGAACCAACUCAAAAGACUCUUCAAAAAGUCAAAGGAGCUGUUGAUGAUCAAUCAAUUAGUGAACAAGAAUCUGGUCUUAGAUACGCAGCUUAUGCAAACAGAUUGAGAACUAUUUUAUUGGCCUCCCACAGAUAUGUUGCAUAUACUUCAGAUAUUGGAGAAUCUUUCCGUCCAGUUGCACAUCCUUACUUGGUUAAAUCGGGGUAUGCAGUUUCAUGGCUCUAUAUUCUUGGAGAUGUUUCCUAUGCUGCUUGGAUCACCAAAAUGAAAUCUGAAGGUAAAUAUCUUCCUGGAUUGAAACCUUGGGACAAAGAACCAGAAGCAAAUGAAACUGCAGCAAAAACAUUCUUAUCGACACACAACGUAGUUGAUACUGAUUGGAGAUUAUCAGCUUUGAAAAGAGGUAUAUUCCAAAGUGUAGCAUCUAUGGGUUUGCCAGCUUUUACCAUUCAUAGUGCUGUUCGUUAUUCAUCUUAUAUAUUUAAGAAUUCCAAGAUCCCAGCAUUUAAAACCUAUGGUCCAGUGGCUAUUGGUUUAGGUAUUGUUCCAGUUUUGCCAUACAUUUUUGAUGAACCUGUUGAGCACGCUGUUGAUUGGAUCUUUGAUGAAGGUGUAAAGUUUUACAACAAGAAAUUUGAAUAG